AUGGCAUCCGGACGUGGGACUCGUCUUCGUUUCUCCGUCUUCUUCAUUCUUCUUUUGGCUGUUGUAACUCCUGAGAUCAUAUCAGACUUCGAUGAUGUUGAGAUUCAUUUAGAAGGAGAGGAAUUGGAACGACUCCAGAAUCCAUCACGAUACGAUCGGGAGUCCACUGAUGAUCUGGGCGAGUUCAUGUCCGACUUUUUUGCUGAUUCCGGUGCCCAAUUGGUUGUGGAUCUUGAUCUUUUCCGAGAUUUGUGGAGAGAACUCAAGAACUACGAAGAUUCUGCCAAAGAGGGGGAUGUGGAUUAUGUUCAACAAGCCAUCGAUUUCAUGGCCCCUCUUCAAGCAUACGACGUCUCCGCUCCUUGUUUGGCUGACCUCAGUCAUUUCCUUUGGACUACAUACAAAUAUGCCCGAACAGCAGCUGAGGCGAGGAAAUGUGAGUCCUGUAAUUGCACCAGGGGAUUCAAAAAUGAGUUCGCUAAAUAUCAAUGGAUUUUCAAUGUCGUGGAUGCGAUGGGAAAAGUGCCUGCAGCUAUUUUCGGAGGGAAUAAUCUGUGGACAGGCUCUUGGUACACAUGUCGGAAGGUCUCCGUUCAAAAGAACCAUCAGGAGUGAGUAAAUUCUGAAUCUUUGUUUUGUUUUACUUCCUUAUUACCCUUUUCCCUUUCAAACCAAAGUUUAUAAGUUAAUUUAAUUAUAUUCCCAGACAAAAAUGGAACGGGCAAUACUGUAUGGCAAGGUUUCAACCUUACAACAAGCAUAAUCCGCUGAAGGCAUUCGUCUCUCAACCGGUCGAUCCUGCCGCUGUAUGUAAGUACGUGGUUUGGAUUAAUUUUAACAUUAAUUUUGGAUUGCUGUCUAUUAGUAAAAGAUGGUUUUUAAUUUAAAAUCAUUGCCGAUUAAUUGUGAAUUUUUAGAAAUAAUAUAACGAAAGGAACGCCUGAGGCAUGGAGUGAGGAGGAUAAGAAAUGUUUCGACCUUUUACCCCUCCUCAAUCUUGGAUUAUGCACCCCAGACACUUGCACUGACUAUGAUGUAAAGAAAAUCAUCCAAUUCAGUAAGAAAAUAAGGAACUCGGACGAUUGGGGAAAACGAAAAGCAUUAUUUUUCUUUGGACAAUCGAGGGUGCUGAUUUCGAAAAUGACGUUCAUUUUUUUUUUGAUCUUUACUUUUUUCCUUAAGUAGCAGUACUGUAAAGUAGUAAUUUUUUGAUUUUUUUAAUAAAUACUGCUUAAGGAAAAAAGUAACUAUCAAAAACAUGAGUGCCAUCAAAUCAGCACCAUCGAAAACCAACUAAUCGAGUAUUUGCGAAAAAAAAUCAAAAAAUUACUACUUUACAGUAUUACUUAAGGAAAAAAGUAAGGAUCAAAAAUUAAUUUCAUUUUCGAAAUCAGCACCAUCGAUUAUCCUAAUUUCGACACUUGCAUCGAAGAGAAAUAAUGCUUUUCGGUUUCCCCAAUCGUCCAACUCCGAGAAAAUAAUCCAAAAAAAAAUAUCUAAUUACAGUAUACCAUGCGGUGGAAGUGUCGAUGGGACAGAGGCUGGUCUGCAAUGUGAAUGUUCAGUGCAGUAAUGCCCGUCCUGAGAGCUCCAUGUGGAAUAACCCGAGUUCAGUGGCCUUUUCGUAAGUUGAUUGAGACUUUGCAUAAGUGUUUCAGUUGUUUAUUGUUAUUUAUUGCAACUUUAAUGGUCUUUGGGACUCUCUACGAUAUCUACGUAGAACGGCCAAAUCAAGAGCAGAUUCUUCGGCGGAUCAAAGAGGAUGAACUCAUCUUCGGGCAUGAACAAAGCAAGGCUCGCGAAGCUUUGAACCGGUCGAAAAGUCAGCCGAUUUUUUUUUAUUUAUUGUAUUUUACCUGUUUGCUAAGUUAUUUUAUUUCAGCUGCUUUUGAAAGCCUUUUACUGAUAUUUUCGAUGACGAAGAACGUGGAAUACAUAAUGGACACGAGGACGGAAAAGGGGCAGAUUACCUGUUUGCACGGAUGCCGCUUUCUGAGUAUGUGCUGGAUCAUCUUCGGCCACACCUAUUACUAUAUUUGCACCAGUCUGACUACUGGUAAGGCUCUUUAUAAUCCUUAUUUUUAUUUUCCAGACAAUCUUCUUCAAACUUUGAAAGAGUUUCCCAAACAAUUCUACAAUCAACUGGUCGUCCAGGCCCCUCUGGCCGUCGAUUCUUUCUUUUUUUUGAGUGGCCUUCUCACGUCGUAUAUUUUUAUUGGUAAAAUACGAAGAGGCCAGGUGAGAAUUGACCUCUGGACCACUUGGUUUGCGUAUUAUAUUAGACGUUACAUCAGACUGACACCUGUUUAUGUGAUGAUUAUGUUGUUGGAGGUGACUAUCUUUGUUUAUAUCUCGGAGGGGCCUUUCUGGAGGCCAAUCGAACCAACUUACUGCAUAAACACAUGGUGGGUCAAUCUGCUGUAUGUCAAUAACUUUUUCAAACAGGAUGAUUCUGCAAGUGUUUUAAAAAUCUUUAAAAUACACUUUAAUAGUUUUGAUGACUAAAAGAAUAUUUUUAUUAAUUUAGUGUAUGGGAUGGACUUGGUACAUGGCGAAUGACUUCCAAUUUUACGUGUUUGCUCCUAUUUUGAUUAUUUUACUUUACAAGUUUAAUGUGGGAGGAGUUCUGGUGGGAGUUAUGGGAUUAAUUAUGUCAUCCUUGAUCACCCUUCUGAUCACUCUGCAAAAAGGAUACCCUCCGGCACCUAUUCUUACCUCCAGAUUGACCAUGUAGGCCUAAUAUUCUCUAAUGGUAUCUUUAGUGUGACUGUUCUGAAUGAUUAUUGGGUUGAUCUUUAUGUGAAACCUUAUACAAGAUGUGGUCCUUAUAUCGUCGGCUGUUUGGUCGGGUACCUUCUGUUGGAGAAGUCAAGGCCGAUGUUUCAACUGAGUCGAGUCAAGUCAAUGGGAUGUUGGGUCUUUUUCUCUUUCUGCGGGAUUUACUCAGUGUUCGGGCUGUUUAAUUACACCAAAACUGGGGAGAUCACCACUUUCUGGUUUAUAUUAUACACUCUGUGCGGCCGACCAGCCUUUGCCCUGUUCUUGGGAUGGAUUGUAUUUGCAUGUGAAACUGGUUAUGCGAGUAAGUGCACUUUAUUAUUUAUGUUUUAUUUUGUAUUUCAGACAAGAUAAAUUCGAUCCUCUCCCAUAAGAUGUUUAUCCCCUUGAGUAAAACCACUUUCUGUGCGUAUCUUAUCCAUCCAGUCCUUUUACAAACUUACUACUUAAGCAGACCUACCGCUUUUCAUUUUACUCACUCUUUCCAAUUAGUAAGUCGAAUAUGAAUUUUGAUCUGAUCUUUGUAGUUGUAUAUGUUCUUUGUUGCUGUUUUUACAUCCUAUUGCGCUGCGUUGAUCUUGGCAUUGGCGUUUGAAGUACCGGUGAAUCACGUGGAUAGGAUAAUAUUUGGGGAUGGAAAGAAGAAACCAAAGGAACCAAACGAUGUCAAAUUAGAGCCCUUAGGGCCGAAGGAAGAAAAUAAAUUGAUAGAAAAUGGAAAAAGUUAGGAAAAAAUAAAUGUUUAUUGUCUGUGAUCUGAAUAAUUAUAGUAGAAAAAUUAACAAGAGAAUUCAGCAAGGUAAUUGUAUUCAAAUAAACAGUGACCCAGAAGUCAAAGCAGGAGCUGGAAUCUCUAAUCCAGAGAAGUUCGAAAUCCGCGAGUCAAGGGAAGAGAGCGCGCGAUGGGAGAAGAAUGCCGCUCCAGAAUUGGGAUCUCCCGACUCGAAGCGAUCGAAUUGGAAGGAGAAACACCAUGGAGCAGUGGAUUCAUGUCUGUUUCUCUAUUUUUCUUCACCUUCUUGGAAUAUCUACUGGCCUCUGGAUAUGGUAUCUGUUCCCCAAAAAUGUAAUGUCAUCAUUUUUUUUAAAUUUUUAUAUACAUAUAUAUUUUCAGCCAUUGAAAAAUACUACCCGAAUAGCGGUGGAGAAGAGAGGAGAAGGGCACAACAAUGA